GUAGGCUCUCAACGUUUCUCGAAUGAAGAACCGCAUCUCUAAAUCGUGUGCGUCACAAGCGGAGCAGGCACCCGGUGAAGAACCCAAAGGGGCCUGCUCCGGGCUCUGCAGCGGCCUGUAUGAACUUCACCUCGUCGCCGAUAGCCCUGCCACCACGGGGGCAGAGGUGAACAUCACGGCGAGCCUGGUGGCCAGCGACAACGGCAGCCUGGUCCUGCCCACCGACCCGCACUCCUACCGCUUCCACUGGGUCCACAGCCCCCUGCUGCUCAAGGGGAAGACGGAGGAGGCGUUCAGAUCCACCAUCCGCGCCGUGGGCAAUGUGCCUGGGGACUUCCCCAUCUCCGUGUGGGUCACCUCCGCCGACUGCCAGAUGUGCCAGCCGGUGGCGAGGAGCCGCCUCGUCCUCUCCAUCACAGAGAACAUCGUGGGGAAACUCGUCAUCUCGCAGAACGCGUCCCUGCCCUGGCCCAGCACCUAUUUCACCAAGACACUCAUUAAAACUUCCUUCCUCCUCCACGACCCAAGCAACUUCUUCAAGACCGCCUCCUUUCUCUACAGCUGGGACUUCGGAGACGGCACCCAGAUGGUGACGGAAGACUCUACUGUCUAUUAUAACCGUUCGAUCAUGGGGACCUUCACCGUGAAGCUCAAAGUGGUGGCGGAGUGGGAACAGGCAGCGCUGGCUGCCGGGAACGGCAUCGUGCAGAAGACGGGGCACUUCUCGGGCUCGCUGAAGCUGCAGGAAACCCUUCGAGGCAUCCAGGUCAUGGGGCCCACUGAAAUUCAGGCCUUCCAGGAGAUGACAGUGACCUUGAACUUCCUGGGGAGCCCCCCUCUGACCAUGUGCUGGCGCAUCAAGUCCGAGUGCCUCCCACUGGAGGAACAAGAGUGUCACCCGGUGUCCGUGGCCAGCACAGUUUACAACGUGACCACCAUCAUCAUGGACCCUGGGGACUACUGCUUCAGCAUCCGGGCCGAGAAUGUCAUCAGCAAGACACAUCAGUACCACAGGGUCCAGGUGUGGCCCUCCAGAAUCCAGCCGGCUGUCUUUGCUUUCCCCUGUGCCACAAUUAUCACCAUGAUGCUGGCCUUUAUCAUGUACAUGACCCUGAGGAAUACUACUCAGCAGAAGGACAUGGUGGAGGUGGCUGAUUUUGACUUUUCCCCCAUGUCUGACAAGAACCCAGAGCCACCCACUGAGGCCAAGUGCUGCCAGAUGUGCUGCGUGCCCUUCCUGCUGGAGACCCCGUCUGAGUACCUGGAGGUCGUCCGUGAGAACCACGGGCUGCUGCCACCCCUCUAUAAGUCUGUCAAAACUUACACGGUGUGAGCACUCCCCACUCAGCCUCCGCUUUAACUAACUGCCAACUCCACGCUUUCGGCAGGUGGUGCAUGCCACCCAGCAGGAGGGGUUCAUGUGUGCGGAGCCAUCUGCCCUGGCCAGCUGUCCAUCUGUACAGUCCAGCUGCUGCCACAAGCCCCCUCAGUCACCAUCCCCCAGCCAUCUGCCCAUCUGUCAACCCAGCCACCGCUGUAAGCCCCUCUCAAGUCAACCCCAUCCCCUCACCUUUGAAAAGGCUGGGUACCUCCUCUCUCCAGGUGUGCUUGGCUGUCCCUCCCUGAUCGUCCCAUGUUGGCAUGACUGCUGGCCACGUGUGGUUUGAGCUUUCCUCCCCCAAGCACCCCUGUCUGGGUCAGAGACCUAGGAGAAAGGUCACAAACGAUUAGGGAUACAUCACAAAAGGUCACGCAUAGAGACAAG